AUCGUUCACACCUGAGCUGAACUUUUGAGGAGAGUGCAACAGAGACUUGUGUUCAAGCAUUUUUUUUAUUUUGCUGCGUUAUUAUUCUUUUUGUUAUGACUCAUUGCCAGUCUGUGGAUUUUGACAGUUCAGCAGCAACAUGAGAAGCUUCUUUAAACUUGCGGUUUUUUCCUUCUUGAUCUUGGUCCCCACGGGGGCAUUUCCACUUUCUGGCCUUGACUCGGGAGGAAGCAAGACACGGCGGGAUGUCCCCUGUAUUACCGACCAGCAGUACCCUCACGGCAGCAUCUGCUGUUCAUACUGCCCAGCUGGUACACAUGUAAAAUCACCCUGCACCAGUUCAGCAGAGAAGGCGAGCUGUGAGGAAUGCGAAUAUGGGACAUUCACGGAGCACCCCAAUGGACUGAAUCAGUGUUUCAAGUGCACACAGUGUCGCCCAGAUCAGGAAAUGGUAAGGCCAUGUACUCCCACUCAAGAUACUGAAUGUCGGUGCAAAUCUGGGCAAUUUUGUGCUCCUGACGAGGCAUGCGAAGUGUGCAAGAAAUGUUCAAGGUGUGGAACAGAUGAAGUGAUAGUGAGGAACUGCACCUCUACCUCCAACACAGAAUGCAAGAAAAUCCAGACCAGCCCUGGCUCUGCCUCAGCAGACCUAGCAGCGAUCGUGCUGCCAUGUGUGGCUGUUGUGUUCAUUGCAUUGAUGAUAUUUGCCUAUUGCAUGAGAAGCAGAGCAACAGAAACAAAUACUCUGCACACAAGCCAUUAUUUGUGCUUUGACUGUUUGAGAAAUCUGCUCAGUGGCCAGAAAUCUGAACAGCAUGAGGAAAGGAGAAGCGAACAAACCCAGUGGCCAAGCUGCUCAAAUAUACAACGGGUGAGAACCAUAUCCUCAUCCGGUACGGAGGAUGAGCGUAGAGAGCUGUGUGAAAGCCUCAACAGCUCAGCCAGUAACUCACAGCACAGUCUAACCGGCCUGCCCUCCUCUGCCUCCGCUGCAUUCGCUCCCCAAGUGGUCCCCAUCCAGCCCAACAGGAGGGAAGAGGAGUUUGUCAGACUUGUUCCUGUGAAUGGUGAAGAGUCUCUGAAAAGAUGCUUUCAUUAUUUUGAAGACAUAGACAUCAGUCACUACAAGAGAUUCUUCCGUCACCUUGGGAUUAACGACAAUGAGAUCAGAAGCAGACCCAUGGAUUCCUAUGAGGACAAUAUCCAUGACUUGCUGAAUAUUUGGGUGGAGAGAGAGGGCAGAGAAGCUAGCUUAAAUGACCUGCUAAAAGCAUUACUUGAUUUGAAUCAGAGGCGAACAGCUGAGACUAUCAUGGAGAAAGCUGUUCAAGAUGGUCAUUACGUCCGUGAGAGUUAGAGAGAGGUGAACUUCUUUUAUAAAACACUUCUGAAAAUAUCUAGCCUUGAGACUUGUGAGAUCCUUGUUGCUGAAAGCCUAUGUGCCAUCAAGUACUGGUUGGAGUAGCAUUACAACAAGGCUGCCGUCCAUGGUGGUGUUUCUGCGAGUAGUAAAUCUGUUCUGCAAAAAAAAGUUCCCUCUCCAAAGAAAGUAUGAGUUAUACAGGCUCAUGAAUGUCACUUAUGGUGAGUCAAAGUUAUAGCUCAGUGUAAGAACUGAGUAAUUAUUUGAUUUAAUAAAAGGCGGUGAGAAGCCGACAGGUCUUCAGCCUUGGAUUAUAAGAAGUGAGAGUUGCAGCAGACCUGCAGUUCUCUGGGAGUUUGAGAUAUGUGAAGCAUAAAAACUGAAUGCUAACGAGAAAGCAUAAGUUAUCUCAUGAACCUCAUGAAUAUCAUUUAUGGUGUGAGGUCCUUGGUGCUUCUUGUCCAGUGCUGUCCAGUGGAGCAGCAGUGCACUGGGAUACCAGCGGUAGUGGUGUUUCCUUUAGAAGUAAAUCUGUUCCACCCCAAAUAAAUAAUAAAUAAUAGUAAUAAUAAAGUCAUGCACGCCUAAAAUGUGCGUAUUUUAUUGACAGGGCUGGUUAUGCCAUUUCAAUAAAGGCAAGUUAGUAUGCAAGUUACACCCUGAUGGGGGAUUGCAGGAUCUGAAACCUGGCUGAAAUAUAAGCCUGUUUGAUAUGGAGAUAGAUAAUAAGUUAUUUAACCUCUAAAAGUAUUUAUCUGGAGACAGGUUGAUUGUUUCUCCUUUUGUUGUACAGGAGAAGGAAUUUCUCAAACUUGUUCCUGUGAAUUUUGUACUUGUAUAUUUAUUCAGAUCUUUGCGAUCGUCCUGGUUGAUGCAUAUUUAAUGAGCAAAGCAGUUAUUAUUAUUAUUUUUAUUAUUUAUUUACGUUGUCAUCUCCCAGGCUUGUUACGCUUUUGUGAUAAAACUAAUCACAACAGCAACAUCAAAACCACAAAAGGUUCUUCUGCAUACUAAACAUGCUAUAUCAUCAAGAACCUUGGCCAAAAAGCACCUGGUUAAGCCUGCGAGAGAAUGUACUUCCUGACAUUUAUGUGCUCUUUAGGAAUUGCAUUCCUCGAUUACAUUCUUACAUGCAGGUGCUGUGUCACACAUCUGUAUGGCUGUCAGGGAAGUCAUGUAUAUACUUGUCUGCUUUAUAGAAGGGUAAUCACAGUGUUACAUAAUACUUAUGUUUACAUGUUUCGCCUGUUGCUUCCUGUCAUAUCCUGUUGUUUUUGUCAUUUCUUUCAUUCUGCUAUUUUCAUUUUAUUUAAGUUGACUUUUAUAUCUUUUGCUGACCUACUCAUAGGUUUUCUUUUACAAAAUAAUCGCAGCUUGAAAAGCUCUGAAAUAUCAGAUUCAAAAUUCAAGCUUCUAAAAACUGAAAAGAAUAAAAACUGUGAGUUGGCUGUGA